UGAGAUCGUUGCAUUUCUGCUGGAGACAGUUUUCGAUCGGUGGCGGCUUGAUGCGGACGUGUACAAAUUCGGGGUGAAAGUUGGUUUUGAGCUUUCGAAAGCGAACCGUUUCGAUGUGAUUAAGAGUAUCUAAAGAAAAGUACAAGUGCAACCGGAAGAAAAAUGGGUGAUUUAGAGGAUAUUGUUGAGCAUAUGAGAAGAUUCUCUUGGCCGGAUUAUCUGGUAUUCGUGAUGAUGCUGUUUCUGUGUAUACUGAUUGGAAUUUACUUCGGCUUUAUGCAGCGGAAGCCGAGUACGGAAGUGGAAUAUCUAAUGGGCGGUCGAACGAUGCUGGUGUUUCCAAUUGCGCUGUCGUUGAUUGCCAGUUUCAUCUCUGGCAUCACACUGCUUGGCCUACCCACCGAAGUAUACUCUUUUGGUAUCCAGUACGUCUAUGUAGCGCUAGGCGUGGCAGCCAUGGGCAUCGUUAUGGGAUACAUCUAUUUGCCCGUGUUUCACAAGCUCAACAUUACAUCCACUUACGAGUACCUGGAGAAACGCUUCGAUCGCCGCUUGCGAAUGUUCGGCUCGAUUAUGUUCACUAUUAUGAAUAUCGGCUAUCUACCGAUUGUCAUUUACGUACCCGCACUUGCGUUUAAUCAAGUGACAGGAGUGAACAUCCACGUGAUCACGCCCAUCGUGUGUAUUGUGUGUGUGUUUUACACUUGUGUGGGUGGUCUUAAAGCUGUCGUUUGGACGGACGUUGUUCAAACAUUUUCAAUGUUCGGCGCACUGGUGCUGGUUGCAGUAAAGGGCACUCUCGACCUGGGAGGAGCUGAAACCGUGUUUCGCAGUGCCUGGGACACGAACCGAUUGGAAAGGCCUAACUUCGACAUUAAUCCAACAACGCGGCACACAUUUUGGUCUCAAAUGAUCGGAGGCUUCGUGUAUUGGCUGCAGACGAAUGCCGUUAGCCAGAAUAUGAUUCAACGCUAUCUGUCGCUGCCAUCGGUAAAAGCUGGCCGAAAAGCUCUGUGGAUUUUCGUGGUUGGAGUGUGCUUGGUCAUGUCGCUUUGCAGUUACUGCGGAUUGCUAAUCUACGCUACCUAUCAAAAGUGUGAUCCAUUGACCACAAAGUUGGCUAAAGCGAAGGAUCAACUCCUUCCGUUGUUUGUUAUGGACAUUCUGGGAGAGCUGCCCGGACUGCCAGGGCUUUUCGUCGCUGGAGUGUUCAGCGCUGCCUUGAGCUCGCUGUCGACCUGUUUGAACUCUAUGUCGGCGGUCAUUUUAGAAGAUUUCGUAAAACCCUUCGUCAAGAAGCCACUCUCGCAACGAGCGAUCAAUUGGAUCAUGCGAUCGGUGGUGGUUGGUGUGGGGGCACUGUGCGCAGCACUUGUUUUCGUGGUGGAAAAAAUGGGAACUGUCUUGCAGUUAACUAUGAGUUUAGAGGCUAUAACAAAUGGACCCCUGCUGGGGACGUUUACGCUGGGAAUACUAGUACCAUGGGUGGAGUCAAAGAGUGCCCUCACCGGUGGAAUUGUUGGUGUGCUGUUCAUGUCUUGGUUAAGUUUAAAGGCCCAAUAUGCGGUAGCAACCGGGGCGAUAAUUUUCCCUCACAAGCAAAUGUCCGUAGAAGAGUGCAGUUACAACUUCGACAGAUCGUUAGUCAACGCUACGACGACGAGUUUAAUAACUGCUGAUGAUAUUUUUCCACUGUUUCGAAUAUCCUACAUGUGGUAUACCUUUUUGGGUGCUGCCGUUACAAUAGUGGUGUCCUUGGGCUGUACCCUAGUUUACGGACGAAAUGAUCCAAAAACGGUUUCACCAGACCUACUGGCUGGAUUUGUACGGCGCUACGUGCAUGACGGUGGUGAAAGUGAAAAUGCACCAGAAUUAAAAGCGAAAAUGAACAACACUAGCAACAGUGCAGAUAAGAUUGUAAAAGAAUCUCAGCUGUGAUCGACGUUCACUGCUUUAGAAUUCAAUCAAUCCAAGUGUUCCUAUUUUAAAUAAAUUAGCCUGUUAAUUGACUAAGAAUGCUAUUCUA